GACGGAAUAGUCUUAGUAAUCUGCGUGUUUCUGUCCCAAGUAUUGUCCUAAGAGGAGAGAAUACGACAUUUAACUGCACCUGGGACACUGAUAAGACAGAUAAGAUCUGGGCGGUGAAAUGGUACCGUGGAACAAUCGAAAUAUUUAGAAAUAUUUUCGACGAAAUACCUCCGAUCAAAACCUUCCCGUUGGAUAAUUUCCAUAUCGAUGAAUUUAUUUCUGAUGGAAAAACCUUGCUACUUAGAAAUGUUAAUUUUCAUAAUACUGGAGAAUACAGCUGUGAGGUUAUUGCGGACCAGACGUUUCAUACUCUGAUAAAGAAGGCACACAUGCAAGUUGUAGAUUUGCCCGAUGAUAAGCCUCGUAUAUCUGGGAUUAAGGAUAAGUAUCAGAUCGGUGAAACUAUUGAAGCAAUGUGUACAUCCUGGCAUUCUCAUCCACCAGCAAACCUUUCCUGGUUUAUCAAUGAGGAACCGGCCCGAACUGAUUACCUGAAGCCCCUGAAGAUCCGGGAAGAAUACGAUGAAACCUUUACUUCUGUUCUCAACCUCAAGUUUGAAAUCUCCCAUCAUCAUUUUAGAAACGGAGCUAUCAAGCUGAAAUGUACCUCGAGCCUUCUAACCAUCUACUGGCAAAGCAGCAUGGUUGAGCUUCAUGAAGCAAGUCCUAGACUGGGUCAGCUUGGUAUUGGUAAAGACGAGACAACAACUGUUGUGACACGUGAAACCCAAUCCGAUAGAUCAGCUGUUAUUACAGCUGACACCGCCAAGAUUGAAGCAAAACCGGUUAUGCCAGUUGCAUCCCUUUCCACCCUGGUCCUGGCUGGCUUUGGGGUUAUGGAAUACAUAGUGAUAAAUACUGUACUAUCAGAACUAAUCCUUUCAGUGUUACUUCGCUGAUCUAACGAAGGUUAAUUUAUUUUAUGUAAGAAUAUAUGUUACAGAUUAAUGAUAUAUUUAUCUUUUUGUAAAAAUACAUGUCAUUUUAAUAUACCCUUUUCUAUUCGUAAAUUAAAGUAAUUAAAAUAUGAACGUUUUUCAAGGAUCAAACAAAAAAUGUAUAGCAUGUGAUAUUUAUAAUAUUUAAUGAAUUCAAAUAUGUCCUCAAAAGAAACUGAAUUUUAGCCCCAAACUCUAAUGUCCUUGCAAUCCGAUAUUGUGACCAUUUCAAAUUAUAAGUUCUGUUGGAUUAAAUAACCUAAGUUUGAAAUAUCAAAAGUUUACCCCGUCAGGUUGCAAAGAUAUAUAUAUAUAUAUAUAUAUUUAAGUGUGUGGCAAAAAAACAGUUCCUUUGUGAUUCAUUGCAAUUGCAAUUGUAAAUGCAGAUGUUUUUGAGAAAAAUGUGUACCCAUUUAAAGGAAGUGUUCUCGAAAAAGGAAAGUUGGUAUAGGCUGAAAUGACUUCAG